AUCAGAAUCCACUGAGCCCAAUGACGCAUGCCAAGAACCUGGUUUGUUUACUUGUCCUGAAGAAGGAUGCAUAAAAUCGUAUGUGAGGUAUUCAUCCCUUCAGACGCACAUGGAAUGCGGAAAGCACAAACGCUGUUUAGAACAGGAGACCCUUUAUGACAAGGCUAUCAAAGAGUACGCAACCAAGCUAGAAAGUGGUACAAGUCAAGUUCCCGUUAUUCAUCAGCAAGGUACCAGCUCACCUUCAUCGCCAUCAUCUGCUCUUAAAAUGGGUUGGGCGCUGAAAUCYACACGUAAGCGUAAGAGAUUCUCUGACAAGCAAAARGAGUACCUUAAUGCUAAGUUUCUGAUAGGAGAGRCCACUGGGAAGAAAGUUGACCCAUCUGAUGUGUCUAGAGAAAURAGAACUGCAAAAGACAUUAACGGAAUGAGCUUAUUUGAUAGUGGCGAGUUUUUGUCUACGCAACAGCUCCGUAGUUAUUUUUCCCGCAUGGCUGCGAAGCGUAGUACUGUGCCGGAUGAAUUAGAAAGUGACGAUGAAGAGGAUGCCAACUUGGAAAAUGAGUUACACCAUGAACUCCAAAACCAGGUUCUGGCCGACAUCAGUGUUCAACACUCACACCCAAUUAUGCAUGAUUCCAGUAAUAUUUGUGAAAUGGUAAUGAGCUCCAAGAUCAAAUCGCUUUCAAUAGCCAAGUUGCAGGACAUUUGUCAAUCCCUUGGCCUUGACACAUCAGACAUUGUUGUCAGGAGAAAGAAGCCUUACGUAGACAUGCUUACCAAUUUGGUCAAGGGUUGUGAUUGCAACCAAUAGCUAGAUGAUAGACCCUUCGAAAUCGUAAAAUAUCAAGUCGUGUUCCUUGAUUGAAGGCUCCUUUUUCUGUGUCUAAAUAUUCACAAAUACUAAAGGCAAAGCAACUUCAAUAAAUAAGAACGCUUUGACAGCCCACGGGACUCUCACUUGAACACAUGAUCAUUCUGUAUAAA